GAUAGCAGUAAUCCGAGAACCGAGUAGAAAGGAAUCGAGAAGGGAAGUUUAAAGAUUUCAAGAAGAAUGAACGCGAGGAAAGUGAGAAAUCUAUCGAUCACCGUCACGGCAUUUUACAUGAAAAUCACCGGGUUUUGGGUGGCGAAUAAUUACGCGGAGAAACGUUGGAGGAACAUUGCUAUGUUUGUUACGAUCUUCUUCGCGUUCGUGGCCAUCAGUGUCGAGGGAAGAGACUUAUACUUCGCUUGGGGAAAUUUCGAGGAUUCUAUUUUUGUUGGAUGCAACAUUAUAACUAUCCUUUUAGUUUUGUUCAAGAUUUUCAUCUUGUACAUAAAUAACGAGGAAUUGCUUAACGUAGUUAAUUACGCGAAAACGAAUUUUUGGCACGAAACUAAUUAUGAUGCACACGAGAAAAUGAUUAUAGAUGACUAUAGACGCCUUUGCUCUUUCCUCGUCUGCUCGUUCACAUUCUUCGCCCAAGGAACAGUUGUGUGUUUCGUAACAACACCAGUUUUUGUAAAUAAUGGAAAAAAUGAAUCGGACAGAAUACAUCCGUUUAAUAUGUGGUUCGAUCGAUCACUAUCACUGUCACCUUAUUACGAAAUAAUAUAUAUAAUACAGGUUCUAAGUGCAUAUGAAGUUGGCAUAUGUUACCACUGCUUCGACAAUUUUCUAUUCGUAAUAAAUCUGUAUACAGCUGGUCAAUUUCGCAUUUUGAGAUAUAGAUUUGAAAAUAUAUGCGGAAAAAAUGAUGGUAACAAUUAUUACAAAGUUUCGAAAUCAUCGUACUGUAUAGAUGAAUAUAAAUCGUUUAAAACUUGCAUUCAACAACAUCAAGCGCUGAUCGAAUAUUGCAAAAAAUUGGAGGAUGUAUUCAGUACAAUUGUAUUGGCACAAGUGUUACUUUUUAGCUUGUUAAUUUGCCUUGACGGAUAUUUGGUACUAAUGGAAGAUACUUCCCGUGCAAAACGUGUUAUUUUCACAUUUCAUUUAAUGGGUUGCAUGUGUCAAUUACUGAUGUUCACAUAUAGUUGCGAUUGUUUGAUGCAUGACAGUAUGAGCGUGGCUAAUGCCGUGUACAACAGCUUGUGGUCGUAUUUGCCCAUGGAUAAAUAUGGAAAGAUAUUACGUAAAGAUCUUAUGUUCGUUAUCAUGAGGUCCAGAUCACCGUGUUGCCUGACUGCUUGUGGAUUCUUCCCCGUGUCGUUGGAAACGUAUACUGGGAUCUUGAGUGUUGCAGUUUCAUGGUUUACAUCAUUGAAAAAAUAUGAAAAGAAAUUAUUACAAUAUGCAUGUAUUGCAAACCAAUCCUUCAAAGAAGAGGAAAGCAAUUUUUUAUCAUAAAAGUAGCAAUGUGAUCUAAUUUUAAGAAGAAAAAAUGGAAAUUUCAAAAAUUAUACGAUAUUU